GCUAUUGAACCUUCUCAAUACGCUCUGCAAUAACUCCUCGCUACCCAUUUUCCCCCCUUUCUUCUUUCUUUUAUCCACUUUCGCCAUUGCUCUCUCUAUCUUAAUUUGAAUCUCUAUCUUCUUUCUUUCUUCGUGUUAUUCUCUAUAUUCCUUGGCCCUACCUCUCUCUCAAUAUCCCAAACUUAUUCCUUGCUGUAAAAGCUCACUGAAAACCGCCGCAGAGAACAGCUUUUGGAGCUUUAAGUUUUCCGGCAUCAAAGGCGACGGAAAACAGAUCUAAACCCUUAUAACUUUUCAGGAACUUUUAGGGCUUUUUAGGGGUUGUUUUUCGUUAGGUCAAAAUCUUUGUAUAAAGCUAAAGAAAGAAACGGAUGAAAUAAGGUGGUUUUGAGAUAGACAGAGAAGGCAUAGUUGGAUCUUCCGCGAUAUUAGUUGUGCGUUAUUUAGGUUUAAACCUGAUUUUGUCUGUGAAGGGCUAUCAAAUUUGUCAACUCAAUCUUUCCAUUAAUAUACUCUUUCUCGUGCAUUUGUACGUAUGAAUCAGACAGGUUCAAGCAACUAUAGUGAGACAAAGCGAGACUCUUUUCAACGGCCAAGUGAAAUUGUCGUUCAACUCUCCUUGUUUUUUCCCAUGUAAAAAACCUAUUUACUUUGCACAGACAUCUGAGUGAAUCUAAAAAUACUUAUUUCCCUAAUUUCUAUACUAAACCCCUAAACCAAACAUCACUAAAUACAUCAAAAACUAGAGCGGGGAAGCCAAAUACAAUAUAGGGUUUCUGGGUCCCAAAAAUAUGCCGACCGGAGUUAUGGUUCCGGCCAGAGAUAUGGCGUCGAUGAUCGGUAGAAACGGUAAUGUCGUUGGUGGACUUGAAUCAUCAUCAAGACUUUCCCUUAGUCAGAUUGAAAAACCAUAAGCUUCGGAAUCUUAAAGAUCUGUAGAAAUGUUCCAGCCAAACAUGAUGGAAGGUCAUCUUCACCCUUUAGACAUGACCCAAAACACAUCAGAAGGCGAUAUUUCGGCUCGUUUAAGAGAUGACGAAUUUGACAGUACUAAAUCUGGUAGCGAAAAUCACGAAGGUGCCUCCGGUGAUGAUCAAGACCCACGUCCAAAGAAGAAGAGAUACCAUCGCCAUACGCAGCAUCAGAUUCAAGAAAUGGAAGCUUUCUUCAAAGAAUGUCCGCACCCAGAUGACAAGCAAAGAAAGGAACUGAGCCGUGAAUUAGGGCUAGAACCUUUGCAAGUCAAAUUUUGGUUCCAAAACAAGCGCACUCAAAUGAAGACCCAGCAUGAGCGCCACGAGAACACACAACUCCGUACUGAUAACGAAAAGCUUAGGGCUGACAACAUGAGGUAUAGAGAAGCUCUUAGCAGUGCGUCAUGUCCCAACUGUGGUGGUCCGACGACUAUCGGAGAAAUGUCUUUUGAUGAACAUCAUUUAAGACUUGAAAAUGCUCGACUAAGAGAAGAGAUUGAUCGAAUCUCAGCGAUUGCGGCAAAGUAUGUUGGCAAGCCUGUGGUGAGUUAUCCACUUCUUUCUCCUACUGUACCACCUCGUCCGCUUGACCUUGGUGUAGGAAAUUUCGGUGGGCAACCAGGCAUCGGAGGAGAAAUGUACGGGGCCGCAGACCUCCUUAGGUCCAUUAGCGCCCCAACUGAGGCAGAUAAGCCGAUGAUAAUUGAACUUGCAGUUGCAGCUAUGGAGGAACUAAUCAGAAUGGCCCAGAUGGGUGAACCCCUAUGGAUGAGCAGCAUUGAUGGAACCAUAACUGUACUAAACGAAGAUGAAUAUAUCAGGACAUUUCCUCGGGGAAUAGGUCCUAAACCAACUGGAUUCAAAUGCGAGGCAUCUCGAGAAACUGCUGUUGUUAUUAUGAACCACAUUAAUCUUGUUGAAAUUCUGAUGGACGUGAAUCAGUGGUCUACUGUAUUCUCUAGCAUCGUCUCCCGAGCGAUGCCCGUCGAAGUUCUAUCAACAGGUGUAGCAGGGAACUACAAUGGAGCCUUACAAGUGAUGACAUCAGAGUUUCAGGUUCCUUCACCACUUGUUCCAACUCGUGAGAGUUAUUUUGUAAGGUAUUGCAAACAACAUGGAGAAGGGACCUGGGCAAUAGUUGAUGUUUCCUUGGACAAUUUACGCCCUAGUUCAGCAGUUAGAUGCCGAAGAAGGCCUUCUGGAUGUUUGAUUCAGGAAAUGCCUAAUGGAUACUCAAAGGUGACAUGGGUUGAACAUGUUGAGGUUGAUGAUAGAGGUGUGCAUAAUCUUUACAAGCAGCUAGUGAGCUCUGGCAACGCAUUCGGAGCAAAACGUUGGGUUGCUACUCUGGAUAGACAGUGUGAACGCCUAGCAAGUGUCCUCGCAACAAAUAUUCCCACUGGUGAAGUUGGGGUGAUAACGAAUCAAGAUGGGAGAAAGAGUAUGCUGAAGCUGGCGGAGAGAAUGGUGAUUAGUUUCUGUGCUGGAGUGAGUGCGUCCACAGCUCAAACUUGGACGACAUUAUCAGGAACUGGCGCGGAUGAUGUAAGGGUUAUGACUAGAAAGAGUGUUGAUGACCCAGGUAGACCCCCUGGUAUUGUUCUAAGUGCUGCAACUUCUUUCUGGCUCCCCGUUCCACCAAAGAGAGUUUUCGAUUUCCUUCGUGAUGAGAACACCCGAAACGAGUGGGAUAUUCUUUCAAAUGGUGGAGUCGUUCAAGAAAUGGCACAUAUUGCGAAUGGUCGUGAUACAGGCAAUUGCGUGUCUUUACUUCGAGUGAAUAGUGCAAAUUCAAGCCAGAGCAACAUGCUGAUUUUACAAGAGAGUUGCACUGAUGAGACAGCCUCUUUCGUUAUUUAUGCGCCUGUCGAUAUUGUUGCUAUGAAUGUAGUACUAAAUGGUGGUGACCCUGAUUAUGUUGCCCUUUUACCUUCUGGUUUUGCGAUUCUUCCUGAUGGAACUACAGUUCAUGGAGGCGGCAUUGGUGAAACUGCAUCUGGUGGAUCUCUAUUAACUGUUGCAUUUCAGAUUUUAGUUGAUUCCGUUCCAACAGCAAAACUCUCCCUCGGAUCUGUUGCAACUGUCAACAAUUUGAUUGCAUGCACGGUUGAGAGAAUCAAGGCCUCUUUGUCAUGCGAGAAUGCAUGAAACCUCAAAGCUUCAAUUUUAUCAAAAGAAGAAGGAAACAAGGAGAAAAAAGAUGAAGAAGAACAAGGAGGUGGUGGGAAAUUUCGGCUUAAAAACUAUGGAGAGAAGUCAAGAGCGCACCUUACACAGAUUAGAGGUUCGGGUAUUGACUUCUUCAAAACAAGAGUAAAAACAAAAUGAAAAUUAAGACCUUGUGAUCUCCUUCACCUUGUUAUAACUGGUUUUUGUUGUUAGGGGUUUAGAGAUAAUUUUGUGUUAAUGGUGGUUUAGUUGUUUAGUUAUCUACUUUUUCCCUUCUUCUCUUGUUCUAUGUGUGUUUUUGAAGGAGUACUACUAGGUGGAAAAGCUCUCACCUAUUAACAGACAUUUGCUUCCUUUUCCUUUUCCAGUUCAAGAGCUGUUGAAAUAGACUUACUAGUCUUUUAUUUUUUGUGUUUAA